CAAGAAGUCCACGCCCAUAAGUGAGUCGAAACAAAUCUAACGUCAGAAGAUUUACUGUUUAUUCAACCUGACAACUGAACUGACGGCAGUGUUUUAUCCUGAGAGAUCCAAGGCAGAUCAUGUAUGCAGUUGUUACCUUGCAAGACUCAGAUGAGGUGAUGGUGGCACCAUCUAGUUGGGUGAGCGCUGACAAGAAACAAUGUUUCUGGCCCCCAUUCAAAUCAACAGAGAAGUUCAUGGAAGCGGUUCAGAAAAAAUGUAAACCUGAAACAGGAGGGAAACCAUGGGAGAAAUUGAAUAUUAGCUUUCACAGAGAACAUGGCACUUUUGAAAAGGCAAUAGAUGGGCAAAAAGAAAUUAAAGAACAGAAAGAACGGUCAUUUCUAUUAUCCACUGGAUUCAUUGGAACACUAAAAAGACAAAAACAUGAAACUUUACAACCGCUUCUUCCUGUACCACCUGCAUCUACUUCCAGAAUGUCAGCUGAUGAUAAGGAGGAGAUCCUCUGUAUGCUGAGAGACAUCAAGAGUACGGUUCAGGAAAACUCUUCUAUGUUAAAGAAACUACUGAAAGACAAUACUGUUUCUGAAGCCCCCAGCAGUACCAGCUUGCCCUCUAAAAAAUUCAAACCAAACCUCAAUCUGCCUCUUAGAACCUUUGAAGAUGUGGACAGGAUUGAAAGAGAGUUAAAAAAUGCAACAGCACGCAAAAAAUAUGUAAAAUAUUUGUCAGGGCUUGGAGGUUUUGGGGCCAAGGAUGUGAUUAAGAAUAUUAUGCAGCAAGUCCUAGCAGAUGAUCUGGCUAAAGAGUUCAACUGGCAGGGGAGAGGAGAGAAAAGACCCUUCUCUCAGCUUAUUUUAACAGAUGUAAUACGAGAGGCUGCACUGAAAAGAAAUGUAAUCGGGGGUGACUGUGAAGCAGAAAUUAAAAAAUAUCUGAGUUACCUAGCUGAUCGACUCACUCGGAAAAGACAAAGAGAACAAGCAGGUCUUGGGCCUGAGAACUUUAAUGUGGCUUCUUCUGCACUGAUGGACAACCAGCCAAAGACAGGAGUACAUUGGGUGAACCUUUUGGAUGACUUUUAGUUUUUGAUCAUGAAUCCCUCAGCUUUUAUCUAACUGGGAAUAUAUAUAUAUAUAUUGAAAAAUGUGUACUGUCAUAUUACUGCAAAAACUUCACUUUCUUAAAACUAAAACACAAAAAUCUAAAUGUAUACAUCUUUUGGCUAUUUUUAUAUUAGAAUGUUUGUUAAAAUAAAAUGACCUCAUUUAAAAUAAACCAGUAUUACAG